AUGGCCCCCGACAACCCCCGCGACCCUCAGGGGACCAGGGACGAGCAAUGGCCGCCAACGCCCUCGCCAACCCUUGCGAUCGCGGAACUCGACACCGAACGCAACGAGCUGGCCCAGACAUGGAAAUGGUUCAAUAGCCAUCUGCCCGCCGAGGAUCGGGUGGUCGACGGCGACGCCCGCCCACAGACCGCUCACGACAUUGUCGACCUCGUGCGCAAAACCCAGACCUACUGGAUGUCCCGGCCGCGACAACGGGUGUACAGUCAGGCAUCCGCCCUCUGCGAUCGCCUACUCCCUACCCUAGACACUCAUUCAGCGUUGCUGUCCGUUCUGCCCGAGUCUAACCUCUACGCCCUGCUCUUUUACGGCGUGCUCCAGUCCUUAUUGAAGGCAACGGUACAUUGCCCGCACCUCAUGGAGGGACUGAUCACGAUUCUCCUCGAUAUUCAUAACACUCUCAAUUUUCCCGGCGGAACGCUGCCUCCGAGCGAUGCGGCGGCACCCAUUGCCAGAAUCUACGCCAUCACAUUUUUCUUGCUCUCGGAAUUCAUGGACUACUAUGUACGGAGAUCCACCUGCAAGUCUUUGAAAAGCCACAACCAGGAUGUAUACGCCGAGUUUGAUCAUCUGGUCCAUCUCAUCCAACGCCGGGCGCGCGAUCUCCCCUGGCGAGCGGAAGAUCGGAUGGAAACGGACGAGGAAGAGUCAGUCUGGGAGACCCUCCCGUAUAAUGCCCGGGCUCUAUGGGAGGAGACGCGCUUGAGCCAGAUCGGGCGCCAGGGAACGGAGCGUCGGAUUGCGGCCCAGAAUACCAUCACCCGCCGAUUGAUAUGGGACAUUCAGCAGAAUGCAGAGGACCGGGAUCGUAUCCGUAACGAGCGAGAGCACCUCCUGGCGCAGGCGCUAAGUGCCUUGAGCCAGCAGCUGCAGCCCGUUGAGCAGAGUAGUGGCAUUGCUUGUUUGAGUACGGCUGCCGUCCAGAAUCUCGAUACAUCCCAGUUUGAAUGGUCUCGGGGGUCGAAACGCCGCCUGGCCCGCCUCGAGCUCCAAAGUGCAUCGAAGCAUCUCCAGGCGUACUUUGACAAUAAUGAUCAGAUCGCCGAUGUUGAUCCCGACGUCAAGGUUGCCGCCGAGGGCAGUGUCAUCGCGUCCCUGCAGCAAUGGGCCACAAGCUUGCGGUCCCAGGCCCUGGCAGUGGGCGGGUCACCCACUGUCUCCCCCAGCCCCGUGGCACUCACCGACGCCGUGUUGGAUCUGGGCGCAGAGCGGUUCCGCCAGCUAGACGGGAAGCUGGGCAGCUGGAAAGCAGCGUUGUCACUCAUCGACACGCUCGUCCACUUUGCUCCCCCUCUGCUGGUGUGUGUCAUCGAUGGGUUGGAUGUGAUCAUCGACACAUCCACGGAUGCGCCGAUUCGCGAACUAGUCCGUGUCCUCCUCACCCACACGCACCAAGCAAUCCUCACAAUGCCCGAUGGCACCCGUAGCCCCGGUGCAUUGCUGAAAGUGCUCUUCACCGUCACCGGCCGACCCGCUGCACUUGUGGAGACCAUGUCCGAGAACCAUCUGAUCCUCCGCGAGUCGAACCAGUCGAGCGAACCCGCACCCUCCGAUCCCGUCCUGGCCUCAGAUGUCGGGGUGGUCAUGAUGAAUGCCUGA